CUCAACAUUCCCACUGAUCAAAUUAUCAAAUACCCAAUUUGCAUUCUGGUCAAUGGCAAAUCAGGUGGAAGAAUCUUCUUCAACGCAACAGUUGCCUCUACUAUCUCUCAAUCACGUCUCAUUUAUCUGUAGAUCUGUUCGUACAUCCGUCAAGUUCUACACCGACGUUCUUGGAUUCGUUCUCAUUCGAAGACCUUCGUCUUUUGAUUUCGAAGGCGCUUGGUUGUUCAACCAUGGAAUUGGAAUCCAUUUGUUAGAAAUGGAGUCAACUCCAGCAAAGAAAGCAGUGAUCAAUCCCAAAGACAACCACAUUUCGUUUCAAUGCACAAAUAUGGAUCUCAUAAUCAAGAAACUUAAGGAAAUGGGAAUCGAAUAUGUGACCGCGGUUGUAAAAGAAGGGGGUGUGGAGGUGAACCAGCUCUUCUUCCAUGAUCCAGAUGGUUACAUGAUUGAGAUAUGCAAUUGCCAUGUUCUCCCUGUGCUUCCCAUCUCCUCAUGCCCCCUCAAGAAGAGCGCGCCCGUUCCACAAGUCAACCGCGUCGAAUCCUCCUUCUACGAUGAAACAAGAUCCAAGAAUUACUUUUGUGGAGAAGAUGAGUGCUUAUUGAUGGACAAUUUCUUGAUAGAUAUGAUGGGUAUCUCUUUCUAAGGUAAAUUUAUGGGAGUUGAAUUGAUGCUUGUUUAGUCUACCAUGGCCUUUAGUGGAUUUUUGUAUUAGGUGUAUCUUUAAAUUGUAUGUAAUUGUAUAAUAAAAGUGAAAGAAUAACCAAAGAGGUACUCAAGAUUACAUGGAUUCAAUAAUGCUCUUCAAGUUUA